AUGCGUUUCUCAGCUAUAGUCUCAGGUUCAAAAAUCCCUAAUUGGAUUCUGAGAAUCAAAGAAUCGGCAACUAAUGGAAAAUGGCUAGAAGUCAUUUCCCACUACGGCGAAAUGAGAAAAGCAGGAUUUCAAACUGUAGAUGUUUCAGUUUUUCCUCCCAUUCUCGAAGCUUGGUCAUUUCUGUCUCACAGGCAUGGAAAAUCCCUUCAUGCUUGUUUGAUCAAGCAAGGAUUUGACUCAUUCACUUCCAUUGGGCAUUCCAUCAUGGGAUUUUACAUUAGAUGUGGGGACCUGGACAUUGCUGUGGAUGUUUUUAAUUACAUGGUAAGAAACAGAGACUCAGUUUCUUGGAAUAUUUUGAUCCGUGGGCACCUUGAUAAUGGUGCCUUAGUGGAAGGGUUGUGGUGGUUUACUAAUGCUAGGGUUACUGGGUUUGAACCCAAUACCUCCACAUUGGUGCUUGUAAUUCAGGCAUGUCGCAGUCUUAGAAAUAAGCAUGAUGGGCUGAAACUACAUGGUUAUGUAAUCAAGAGUGGCUUUUGGACUAUUUCUUCAGUUCAAAAUUCUCUGCUGAGCUUGUAUGCUGAUGCUGACAUGGAGUUUGCAAGAGAGCUGUUUGAUGAAAUGCAUGAGAAAGAUGUUAUUUCUUGGAGUGUAAUGAUCGGUGGGUAUUUGCAGUGGGAGGACCCUCAGCUUGCCUUGCUAAUGUUUAGGGAGAUGGUAUCGGUGCUUGGGCUUGAACCAGAUGGAGUGGUUGUGGUCACUGUUCUUAAAGCCUGUGCUAGUUCAAGAGACCUUUGUGCCGGGAGAUUGGUGCAUGGGUUGGUGAUUCAUAGAGGUUUCAAUUGCGAUUUGUUUGUUGAGAACUCUCUGAUUGAUAUGUAUUCGAAGUGUAACGAUUCUGGUUCUGCUUUUAAGGUUUUCAAUGAGAUGUCUCGCAGGAACAACGUUUCGUGGAAUUCUAUGCUAUCCGGAUUUGUUCUCAAUGAAAACUAUUUAGAGGCUCUAUCAUUGAUUUCUUCAAUGAAGAAAGAAGGAGUUGAGGCAGAUGGAGUAACUCUAGUGAAUAUUCUUCAAAUAUGCAAGUAUUUUGUGCUCCCAUUUCACUGCAAGUCGGUCCAUUGCGUGAUAAUCCGUAAGGGCAUUGAAGCAAAUGAGUUGUUGCUAAGUAUGCUGAUCCAUGCUUAUGCAAAGUGCAAUCUUGUUGAACUUGCAUGGGAAGUUUUUGUCAGGAUGAAGAGGAGAGAUGUCGUUUCAUGGAGCACAAUGAUUGCUGGGUUUGCACAUUGCGGCAAGCCUGAUGAAGCUAUAGCUGUCUACCAGGAGAUGAACAAAGAACUUGAGAAGCCUAAUUCCAUUACCAUUGUAAAUCUUCUUGAGGCAUGUUCUGUUUCAGCUGAACUAAAGAGGUCAAAGUGGGCACAUGGAAUUGCAAUUAGACGAGGCUUUGCAUCAGAGGUGAUAGUCGGAACUGCGAUCGUUGAUAUGUACUCGAAAUGUGGAGAAAUUGACGCCUCGAGAAAGGCCUUCGACCAAAUCCCAUCUAAAAAUAUAGUAACUUGGAGUGCCAUGAUUGCUGCAUAUGGUAUGAAUGGUCUUGCACACGAAGCCUUGGCUUUGUUUGCUGAAAUGAAGCAGCAUGGGCUCAAGCCAAUCCCUGUGACCACUCUCUCAUUACUCGCUGCCUGUAGUCAUGGUGGAUUAGUCGAAGAAGGGCUCUCCCUUUUCAUAUCAAUGGUUCAGGAACACGGGUUCGAGCCUGGGUUCGAACACUACUCAUGCCUGGUUGACAUGCUAGGGCGAGCAGGAAAGCUUGACGCUGCAACGGAAGUCAUCAAGAUGAUGCCUGAUAACUUAAAGCAUGGCGGUGCAAGCAUUUGGGGAUCACUUUUGAGCGCCUGUAGAAGCUACGGUCAGACCGAGCUCUGCAAAGAAGCCAUCUCCCGUGUUCUUGAGUUGGAACCUUUGAACUCAGCAGGCUAUUUGGUAGCAUCAAGAAUGUAUGCAUCAGAUGGUUUGUGGGAAGAUGCAGCUAGGAUGAGAGUAUUAGCGAAGGAGAAAGGAGUGAAGGUUUUUGCUGGAUACAGCUUAGUACACAUUGAUGACAAGGCGUGUAGAUUCGUUGCUGGAGACGAAUCUCAUCCACAAAUAGAUGAGAUUCACUCAGUUGGUCAGCAGCUCCAUGAUUGUUUUAAGAUUGAUGAAAAAAGAAAUAUAUGUCAGCUAUUGAAUGCUAACCCAACUCACCAAGUAGUAGUAGACUCAUAG